UAUAAGGAAGACUGCUUUGUAUACUAUAAAUUUCCGCAGUAAUAUUGCAGAAAUGGUGAAAACUAAUCUGCUUUUGUUUGUAUUACUGUCAUUGGCUGAAACCCAGACGCCGAAAAUACCAAAAACGCAGUUCGACCUUCCAGGUUUGCCUAUAAGCGUUGGUGCAGGGAUCGAAGAUAAAAUUCCAAAAGGCAUCAUUAAAUUCCAGAAGCCAGAUUUAACUGCUUGGGGAGCUACAAAUUUUCGUGGAAAGUGGGACGGUGGUUUAGGAGUCAAGACAGGGAAUUGGGAUCUUGGGGGCCAGGGAUCAAUCAAUAGUGGUGGGCGUUGGGGUGCUACUGUGGGUGCAUCCAGAGGGAACUGGGGUUUCUCAGCUUUCGGUAGAAAUGCAGGGAGAGGUGUCGAAGUCGGUGCUGGGGUAAAAUUUAGAUUUGGCGGAUCAAGCAGAAGAAGAGGUGGCGGAGGAGGAGGAGGAGGAGGGAGGCACAGAUUUCAGACACAAACUCUUCAGAAAGUGGCCGAUAGCGAGCAACAAUAGGACUUUCAUCUGAACAUGGAACACUAUGUGACAUCAAUAAGGCAUUACUGCGAGAAAAGCAUUUAGAGAAAAAUUGAAUUACUUUUUUUCAAAACAUUUUUAGUUGAUUUUUCUAUAGUUUCAUUUGUAUAAAUAUGUCAACAGUG